AUGCCCGGCAUCUUGCCGAUGAAGAUGAUUCGAGUGGGGAGCAGUACGCAGAGCAGGAUCGCGCAAGCUUGUGACAGGUGUCGCAGUAAGAAGAUUCGCUGCGACGGCGUCAGACCCUGCUGUACUCAAUGUGCCAACGUUGGCUUCGAGUGUAAGACCAGUGACAAGCUGAGUCGCAGGGCCUUCCCACGAGGCUACACGGAAUCAUUGGAAGACCGCGUCCGUGGUCUUGAGGCUGAGGUUCGGGAGCUCAAGGAGCUGUUGGACGAGAAGGACGAGAAGAUCGACAUGCUGUCUCGCAUCCACAGUUUCUCUCCCUCUCGAAAAGGUUCGGCUUCCUUGUCGCCUGCACACGCUGCACAGGUAAAGGCCGAAGUCGAAUCGGCGAGGGAAGAACUGCUGCAUGUGGAAAUUCCUGCGCCUGUGCAGCCCAAAGCCACCUCGACCGGUUCCUCUACCACACCCUCCUUCAUUGAGGCCUUUGACCAAAAGGUCCAAGAAGCCGGCCGACAAACGACUGGAAUCUCCUCAUCAGCCCUGCAAAAAGCCAUUCAGCCAGCUCGUCGAUCCACUGCCCCGGGCCCAAAAGUCCCCCCCAGGCUUCAUUCUGAUCAAUACAUAAAUCUCUUCUUCCAAGAGUGGCAACCGUUGUUGCCGAUCCUCCAUCGACCAACAUUCCUCCGCGUUUAUGAGCAAUAUCUCGCCAAUCCUGAGUCGGGUAAUUGGCAGAGUAACAAACAAGCAUACGCCCAACUGUUUCUAAUUUUUGAAAUUGCUGCUCUUUCCAACAUAUCUACUCCAAAAAAGAAUACCCCGUCCUACGAGACACAGUGGCGCAAGGCUCUCUACUCGACAUCUUCUAAUGCUUCUCUACCAACCCUCCAAUGCCAUGUGCUAGCUCAGAUUUGCUAUAUGCUGCGCGCAGACUACACCCAUCUGGCGCGGCAUCGUGGCAUCGCAGUCACCAUGUGCCACGAGCUCGAGCUUCAUCAAGGGCACAAAUAUCAGAGCCUGUCGCCUCUCGAGGCUGAGACCAGGAAGAAGGUGUUUUGGUGUCAAUAUGUUCUCGACAAGUUCAUAUCCGCCGCGACUGGUACUCCAGUACUGUUCCGAGAUUGCGAUAUAACAACAGAAUACCCAGCUGACGUCGACGACGAGAACCUCAGCACUCAAGGUUUCUCUCCCACCCUUCCCGGCGAAUUGACAAAGAUUUCGAGCGCACUUGCUUUGUUCCGUAUUUCCAGAAUUCUGUCAAAGGCUUUGGACACUCUGUACCCUGCCAAAGCUAGCUAUCAGCUCUCGUUGACCAAGCUUCACGCGCUUUCCGAUGAGCUUGACCAAUGGUCAGAGGAAUUACCCGAGCAUCUCCGCUUGCGAUUCUGUAACGACAAACCUGCGACGAAUUUGAUCGGCUGCAGAUCGCCGCUAUUGUCUCUUGCCUAUUUCUACAUCAGGAGUUUGAUACACCGACCGUUACUCUGCCACGCAUCUGGAAGCGCUUCGUCCGCGGCAGGCAUCGUGCUGGCAGCCGCUGGCAAGCAUGUGCUUCAGAUCCUUGAUCUUCUGUUGGAGCGCCGCAUGAAUUACACCUUCCCACUGAACCAGGCCGAUCUACUGUUGACCUCGGGCCUGGCGAUUCUCUGGCAGUCGCUUGAUUUGGAAGAUGACAGCAAACUUGCCAAAGACAACCAGAAGUCACUGACGAUGCUCGUGGGCAUGCUGCAGAUUGAGAAUGCCCCAGCUGCAACGGAAUUCCAGAAGAUUGCGACCUGUUUCAUGGCGCUCGAAACGCGACCAACUUCAACACUAAGUGCAGAACAAACUAUUGCUGGAACCCAAAAUGCACCUUGUACAAUGCAAGCUCCAACAGAACCCAAGUCAAAAUCCACCCGCAAGCAGCUACAAGCUAUCGCAUCACGAUGGUCCUCGUUCAGCAACAAAGGAAAGCCAGAGGACCCCAAUCGGCGUGCAACUGUGACACCGACCGGACCGACUUCCCUUAGCCCAGCUAACCGCACUGCCAGCACUGUUAGCCUGUCUUCGACCCGAUCAGCACCGGUUCUACCCGCAGCUACUCCCUCACCCCGCCAAGUCAAUGCACCGGGGCCGUUAGGCACUCCAAUGAUCAACCUGGAUUACCUACCUCUUGGUGACGAAUUCGGCGAUUCGCAAACCAGGACCUCGUCGAGUACGAUGCUACCUCCGAAGAAACAGCCGACACCCACCCUCCCCGACUCUGGUUGGGAAAACCUUCUAGACGGUUCCGACCCUACGAACCCAGCGAUCUACCAGGACCUACAAGCUGGUAGCCAUUCGCUCUAUCAGAUACCUAGCAACGAAUGGACUCCGGACGCGUGGCAUCUCUCCGGAAUGGAUUUUGUAACAAAAGCACCCGUACCUCAAAGCCUACUCAGCUUUUCUGAGGAAUCAUUGACUAGCGGCGACGAUUUCCUGUUCAGCACUGCAGGGAGCCACAAUGGUUCAACGGCCACAGGCGACGGCCUAGACCUCCCGGAGACAUACCGGGGCAUUACUAUCCCGGUGGACGAUGAGUUUGAUUUUCACGAGGUCGAGGCUUAA